CGUUUUUACUGAUGGUUUAAACUACCUAUAUAUGCAUAUACACUGCGCACUCUGAGCUGCCAAGUUGUACUACACAAGAUGACGGCGUGUGCUUUCUACGUCUUUCUAUUUCUGUGGGGGCAAUAAGGCAAAACUGCACAUGCCCACUUCAUUUGAGAAUAGUUUCAACAAUGACGUCAACAAAGCACGAGUCAAAGAAGCAGGAAGAAGAACGAAAGACGGAAGUUAACGCAGCAGACAGACGACACGAAGCAAAUGACGAUGGCGACAAAGUAAUCUAAUGGAAAAAACAUUGAAAUGGUUGAUAAAAACAGACAAAUUGCGACCACCGAUGAAAUUUCUGAGCUAUUUGAAAGAACGAUGGCGUCGGGCGAGAAGGAACUUUCUCGAACAAGAGAGCAGAACGUGCGACAACAACCAGAGGUUUGCGUGACUUUCACUGCGCCACAUACUCAAGACGUCCAGCUGAUGAUUGGUCAUCAAGAUGAGCAGCGUCGUCCUCAAAGGUUGGGGGGGAACUACGCUUCCAAGCAGGAGGCUCCACAGCCCCCCCACAUUAAAGAGGAAGAGGAGGAACUCUGGAUCACUCAGCGGGGAGAGUGUAUUCUAAGGAAGGAGGAGGUUGAUCUCAGCAAGUUGCCACUGACUGGUGUCUCUGUGAAAACUGAAGACCAGGAAGACAAACCCGACAUCCUACAGCUAAUUGGUCAUCAAGAAGAACAUCCCCGUAAGCCACAGAGAGGGAUCUCCACUUCGAAGCACGAGCAUCCACAGCCCCUCCAUGUUGAAAAGGAAGAGGAAGCAACACAGCCGCUCAACAUGAAAGAGGAAGAGGAGGAACACACCAUGUUGCCACUGAGUGGUGUCUCUGUGAAGACUGAAGACCAUGAAAACAAAACACCUUCCUCACAGCUUCAUCACAGUCCAAGUGAGGAGAACAGAGGGGCGGAGCCACAACACAUGACAACAGAAGCUGAUGGAGACCACUGUGGAGGAUCACAAGCACACAACCUCUUAGCUCCACUAUCAGAUAGUGACGACACAACAUCGUACUCUUCUGAGGAUGAAGACUGGGACAACACCCGAGAACUUUUGAGCAGCGAUACAGACUUUGAAGGUGAUAUGAGGACUCACACCGACAACAAACACUCUGAAAAGAAGACGGGUAAAAAGCGUUUCACCUGCUCAGUUUGUGCUAAAAGCUUUUUUUAUAAGAGCUAUUUAGCUCGACACGUGCAGACGCACACUCGAGAAAAACCUUUUAGUUGCUCAGUUUGUGGUCAAAGAUUCGCUCACAAGUCGUCUUUGGUAUCACACAUGAGGACACACACGGGAGAAACCACUUUUAGUUGCUCGGUGUGUGGUCAAGGAUUCUCAGUGAAGUCACGGAUGCUAUCACACAUGAGGAAGCACACAGGAGAAAGACCUUUCCGUUGCGCCGUUUGCGGCGAUGCAUUCUCUUGUGCAUCAUCUUUAAAUAGACAUCAGAGAACGCACACAGGAGAAAAACCUUUUAGUUGCUCAAUUUGUGGUCAAGGAUUCUCUCAGAAGUCAAAUUUACCAUCACACAUGAAAACACACACAGGAGAAAAACCUUUUAGUUGUUCCAAGUGUGGUAAAAGCUUUGCGAAAAAGGUAAAUAUGGUAUCACAUAUGAGAACACACACAGGAGAAAAACCUUUCAGUUGCUCAGUUUGCGAUAUGGAAUUCUCUCACAAGAUAACAAUGCUGGCACACAUGAGAACGCACACUGGAGAAAAACCAUUUAAUUGCCCAGACUGUGAUAAAAGAUUCACUCGAAAGGCAAAUAUGAGGUCGCAUAUGCGAAAACACUCACGAGAAACCCGUCUUAGUUGUUCAGACUGUGGUAAAAUCUUCACUAAAAAAAUAAAUCUGGUAUCACAUAUGAGGACGCACACAGAAGAGAAACCUUGUAGCUGCUCAGUUUGUGGCGACACAUUUGUUCUGAGCUCCUCUUUGUAUAGACACAUGAGAACACACAACACAAAUACGGUAUCACACAUGAAAAGAAUACCUGGCGAAAAAAAAACCUAUUACAGAACAAACGGAUUGCAUGAACCCUCUUCUUUGUACUCGGAGAGGUGUGGCACCAGCCCUAGAGAUGUCCAUCGUCCUCCUCAGACGCUGGGAUGGAGCUCCACUUUGAACCAGGAGGAUCCGCAACCCCCCCACAUUAAAGAGGAAGAGGAGGAACUCCACAUCACUCAUGAGGGUCCUCGAAGGUUGCCACUGACUGGUAUCUCCUUGAAGACCGAAGACCGUGAAGACAAACCAAACAUCCAACAGCUGAUCGACGAUGGACAACAUUCCCGUCAGCUGCAGGGGGGGAUCUCCACUUUGAAGCAGGAGGAUCUGCAUCCCUCACACAUUAAAAAGGAAGAGGAGGAGCCACAGCCCCUCAACAUGAAGGAGGAAGAGGAGAAACUCUGGAUCUCUCAGGAACGGGAGCGUCUUCUCGGCUCGGAGGAGGCCGAUCUCACCAAGUUGCAACUGAUUGGUGUCUCUGUGAAGACUGAAGACCAUGAAGAGAAAGACAAACCACCCGAGGCCUUACAUUUGUUGUGUCCUUCAGAUCAAGAAGAGCAUCCCCGUCGGCCGCACGGGGAGAUCUCCAUUUUAAAGCAGGAAAAUCCAGAGCCCCCUCACAUUAAAGAGGAAGACGAGGAACUCUGGAUCACUCGGGAUGGAGAGCACCUUCUCGGACUGGAGGAAGCUGAUCUCACCAAGUUGCCACUGACUGGUGUUUCUGUGAAGACUGAAGACAACUCACCCGGGUCCUCAGAGCUUCAUCACAGUCCAAGUGAGGACAACAGAGGGGCGGAGCCUCCAAGCAGCAGCUCACAACUCAUGAAAACAGAAGCUGAUGGAGACCACUGUGGAGGAUCCCAAGCAGACAACCUCUUAGCUCCACUAUCAGAUAGUGACGACACCGACGAUACCAAGGAACAUUUGAGCAGCAAAAGCGACGGUGAAGGUGACACGAGGACUCCGACCGACAAACACUCUGAAAGCUCUGAAAAGAAGUCAGGUAGAACACGUCUUACCUGCUCAGUUUGUGCUAAAACCUUUAUAAAGUCCUACAUGACGCAACACAUGAGAACGCACACGGGAGAAAAACCUUUUAGUUGCUCAGUUUGUGGCAACGCAUUUUCCCAGUUGGGUUAUUUAAAAACACACAUGAGAACGCACACAGGAGAAAAACCUUUUAGUUGCUCUUACUGCAAUAAAAGCUUCUCUAUUAAAGAUAACAUGUUAUGUCAUAUGAGAAUACACACGGGAGAAAAACCUUACAGUUGCACAGUUUGUGGCAAUUCAUUUUCUUCUGUGUCAUAUUUAAAGUUACAUAAAAGAACCCACACGGGAGAAAAACCGUUUAUCUGCACCUAUUGCAAUAAAAGCUUCUCCUAUAAAGCAAGUUUACGGGUACACAUGAGAGCGCAUUCGGUAAAUGGACCUUUUAGUUGCUCGUCUUGCGACAAAAAAUUCCCGUGUCGGUUAUCAAUGGCGAGACACAUGAGGACACACUCGCGAGGAACCUAUUUUAGUUGUUCCACCUGCAGCAAAAUGUUCACGAUAAAAGAAAGUCUGGUAUCGCACAUGAGGACGCACACGGAAGAUAAACCUGUUCGCUGCUCCGUGUGUGGUGAUACAUUUGCUCUGAGCUCCUCUUUGUACAGACACAUGAGAACGCACAGAUUGUCGUCUGUCAAUCAUGAUGAGCAGCCUGAGGUGUUUCCCACCAACAUGAAAGAGGAAGAGGAGAAACUCUGGAUCACUCAGGACGGAGCGUGUCCUCCGGCGCUGGAGGAAGCUGAUCCCAUCAAAUUGCCACUGACUGGUGUCUCUGUGAAGACUGAAGACCAUGAAGACAAACCACCUGAGUCCUUAAGUUUGUUGUGUCCUUCAGAACGUCCCCCACAGCCACAGGGGAGGAGCUCCACUUUGAAGCAGGAAGAGCUACAGCCUCAAAUUAAAGAAGAAGAGGAUGAACUCUGGAUCACUCAGGAGCGAGAAUGUCUUCUCGGGCUGGAAGAGGCUGAUCUCACCACAUUGCCGCUGAAUGGCAUCACUGUAAAGACCGAAGACCAUGAAGACAAACCGCUUGAGUCCUCGCAGCUUCAUCACAGUCCAAGUGAGGAGAACAGAGGGGCGGAGCCUCCAAGUAGCAGCUCACAGCUCUUGAAAACAGAAUCUGAUGGAGACAACCUUUUAGCUCCGCUAUCAGAUAGUGAUGACAUAACGUCACACUCUCCUGAGGAUGAAGACAUGGACACCCAAGAACCUUUGAGCAGCGAUACAGACUGUGAAGAUGAUAUGAGGACUCGCACCGACAACAAACACUCUGAACGCUCCAAAAAGAAGACGGGUAAAAAAUGUUUUACGUGCUCAUUUUGUGCUAAAUCUUUUUCCUUUAAGUGUCUUUUGAGUCGACACAUGAGAACGCAUACCGGAGAAAAACCUUUUAGCUGCUCAUACUGCGAUAAAAGCUUCACUAUCAAAGAUAACAUGGUACGUCAUAUGAGAACGCAUACGGGAGAGAGACCUUACAGUUGCACGGUUUGCGGCAACGCAUUCUCUUGGAUGUCGAUUUUAAAAAUACAUAUGAGAACCCACACAGGAGAAAAACCUUUUAGUUGCUCAUGUUGCAAUAAAAGCUUCAGUCAUAAGGCAAACCUGCAGGUGCACAUGAGAACGCACUCGGUCGAUGGGCCUUUUAGUUGCUCAUGUUGUGGUCAGCAAUUCUCCAGUCAGACAUCAAUGCAGAGACACGUGAGGACGCAGUCGCGGGGAACUUAUUUUAGUUGUUCAGAUUGCGGGAAAAUGUUCACCAAAAAAGAAAAACUGGUCUCGCAUAUGAGGACGCAUACAGAAGAUAAACCUGUUAGCUGCUCCGUGUGUGGCGAUACGUUUGCUCUGAGUUCUUCUUUGUACCGACACAUGAGAACGCAUAGUAUGUCGUCUGUCAAUCAUGAUGAGCAGCCUGGGGUGUUUUCUACGAUUAUCGACGGUAUUUCUGGGCUGUUUGAAAGAAAGAUGGCGUCGGUCGAGGAGGAACUUCCUCGAACGAGAGAGGAGGACCAGCGACAACAAAAACAACCGGAGUUUUGCACGACUUACACCGUGCAACAUACUCAAAACGUCCAGCAGCCGAUUGGUCGACUGCAGGGGCGGAUUUCCACUUUGAAGCAGGAAGAGGGACAAACCUCCCACGUGUGUGGUCUCCAGUCCGGGGAGGAUCAUCUCACCAGGUCGCCACUGACUGGUGUCACGGUGAAGACCGAAGACCAUGAAGAUAAACCAUGUGAGUCCUCACAGCUUCAUCACAGUCCAAACAUCCAGCAGCUGAUUGGUCGUGGAGAAGAAUAUUCCCAUCAGCCGGCGGGUGGGAUCUCCACGUUGAAGCCGGAGGAUCCACAGCCCCUCCACAUUAAAGAUGAGGAGGAGGAACUCAGGAUCACUCAGGAUGGACGUCAUCAUGGGCUGGAGGAGGCUGAUCUCACCAAGUUGCCACUGACUCAUUUUUUUGUGAAGACCGAAGACUAUGAAGACAAACCACCUGAGUCCUCACAGCUUCCAAGUGAGGAGAACAGAGGGGCGGAGCCACAACACAUGACAACAGAAGCUGAUGGAGACCACUGUGGAGGAUCACAAGCAGACAACCUCUUAGCUCCGCUAUCAGAUAGCGACGACACAACAUCACACUCUACUGAAGAUGAAGACCACAACAGCACCCAAGAACCUUUGAGCAGCGAUACAGACUGUGAAGAUGAUAUGAGGACUCGCACCGACACCAAACGCUCUGAAUGCUCUGAGAAGAAAACGGGUAAAAAAUGUUUUAUCUGCUCAUUUUGCAGUAAGAGUUUUAUAUAUAAGAGCGAUUUGACGAAACACAUGAGAAGGCACACAGGAGAAAAACCAUAUUGUUGCUCAAUUUGUGGUAAAGGACUAUCUGACAAGCGGACAAUGCUGUCGCACAUGAGAACCCACACCGGGGAAAGACCCUUUAGUUGUUCAAUGUGUUACAAAAGGUUCCACGACAAGCAGAUUUUGGUAAAACACAUGAGAACCCACACAGGAGAGAAACCAUUUAAUUGUUCGGUUUGUGCGGUUGCAUUUUCUCAGCUGUCGUCUUUAAAUACACACAUGAGAACACACACGGGAGAAAAACCUUUCAGUUGUUCAAACUGCGGGAAAACCUUUGCGAAAAAGGUCAACAUGGUAUCACAUAUGAGAACGCACACCGGAGAAAAACCUUUCAGUUGCCCGAUUUGCGGCGCCGCAUUUUCCCAGUUGUCGUCUUUAAACACACACAGGAGAACGCACACUGGAGAAAAACCUUUUAGUUGCUCCUUCUGUGAUACCAAAUUCUCUCACAAGGUGACAAUGCUGACACACAUGAGAAUACACACCGGGGAAAAACCUUUUAGUUGCCCAGAUUGUAACAAAAGCUUCACUCAAAAGGCACACGUGUUGUCGCACAUGAGAACACACACAGGGGAAAAACCUUUUAGUUGUACCGAGUGUGGUAAAAGCUUUACUAAAAAGGUAAAUAUGGUAUCGCAUAUGAGGACACACACAAGAGAAAAACCUUUUCGUUGUUCGACUUGUGGUGAAACAUUUUCUUGUAAGUCUUCUUUGAGUGGUCAUCUGCAGAGUCAUUGAUGAUUUGGUUUGUUUUGCCUGAUUUAGUGCAAUCAUGGCCUGCAAAUCCUUCUCUGCUGGCCUAAACUGAAACACUGACGGAUGUUUACAACUUAAAUUCUCAUAUUUGGUCUGUGAAAUUGUUUUAUUAAUUUGUAGCAUGUUUUUUGGAUGCACUGCUGCCAGUAUGUGUAUGUUAUUUUUUUUCUAUAUCAGAUUUCAGUUUACCUGCGUUGCCAGGUCAGUCUAAUCCAUGCAGGGCCUUCAGAAUCAGGAGUGCUGGCCAUGGGGCUGUUUUGCUCGCUGGAGUACGCCGUUCCGAGCCGUUUGGUCGAUAACCGGUGGAAGUCUCGACGUCACUAGCAGAAAUCAUCCUGUUCUGUUGUUUAUGAUGUGUUUUAAUAUAAAGGAUUAAGUGGGUUGAUUAAUUAUUGAUUUACUGCUAAUUAUUGUAUUGUGGAAAAAAUAACCCAUUUUCUUUAAUAUUUCUAAUAAUAAGAAGAAUAUCUCUAUGC